AUGAUUCCUUCAUGUGUUCCACAUGAGCUACAAGGUUUGACUCAAGUUGAGGAAAUGUUAAUUGCUCGUGUUCUUCCUAUCAUGAGAGUUUAUAUUAAACCUGGAGGUCAACGAGGUUACUCAGGGCAUUGUAUUAACUUGCCACAAAAUGUGAAAGAGCUUGCAACAUCUUUGCCAAGAUACCGCAAAGACUUGGCUGUGAUUAUUGUCAAAGUGAAAGGUAAAGACAACACAUUCAAAGAUGUGACAGUGCGAAAGCAAAAAGUACAUAUUGCUUUAGUUUGGCUUAUCAAUAAUAACUCAUAUUAUUCUGAGUUAACAAUUAAUGAAGAUGCAUUAAAUUCAUUACCUGAAAAUGGUGUACCACCAGAUCUUAUGACUGUUGAAACCGAAAAUGACACAAUGUCAGAUGAUAGUGUGACGCCAGAUUUAGACCCACCUACUGACAAACCUUCUGGGGACAUUGUAUACAAUGAUUCAACAGAAAUGAGUAGUUUCUUACCUGUUGGUGAACAACAACAACAGGAAAUUGAAGCUGUUAGAGAUCAGCUUACUUCAAAUGAACCAAUGGCAUGGCUUACUGUUCAAAAUGAGCCAUUAAAUGAAUAUCAGAUAUCACAUCUGGCCACUAUGGCUUUUCCAACAUUGUUCCCUGAUGGGAAAGGUGAUCUUACUAAUCAAGCUCUUUUAAGAGAUGUUCCUCUUCAUGAACGAAUUAAACAUCUAUUGAAAUUUGCUGAGAUUGUUGAUGGUAAAUGGGUAUAUCGUUUUGCCAACCAUCCCAGAUUCUCAUAUUGGGCUUUUAACAUGAUUCAAAGAAAGCGGAUUUUACAACAAAGUGGAAUAUUCCUUAAACAGAACCCAGGUGAAGCACAUCUCACUAUUGAUGAACUGCGUGAAAUGGCUGCCAAUAACAAUGCCAAUGCAUUUAUGUCUAAAGUGUCAAGAUAUGUUGGCAAUAUUGCAGGUACUAAUGCUUAUUGGAAUAGAGUAAGAGAGGAACUCAAAGCUAUUAUAACUAGUGUUGGAGCACCAACAUUAUUUUUCACUUUCUCCUCUGCAGAUAUGCAUUGGCCGGAGUUACAUGCUUUAUUUAAAGCUGAUACUGGCAGUGAGUUAGGUAAUUCUACCAGUGAUGUAAGACGACAAAAUGUGAUCAACAAUCCCCAUGUCGUAGAUUGGUUUUUCACACAGAGAUUAGAAAGCUUUGUAAAACACUGGCUUUAUGAUACACUUGAUGCAAAAUGGCACUGGUUUCGAUAUGAAUAUCAAGGUAGAGGUAGUAUCCAUUGUCAUGGUACUGCUAAAUUAAAUAAUGACCCAGGUUUGUGUCAACUUACUCAAAUUGCUUUGAAAGGUUUCUUAGCUCAACAAUUCAAAGAUGAAAAUGAUUGUUCUGACACAACUGAACUAGACCAGGAUAUUGAAGCUGGUCUGAAAGCAGCUGACACAGUAUGUCAGUAUGUUGAUUGGUUACUAUCAACCAUCAAUCCUAAUCCACCAGAUGAGGACAAGUGGAUAAGACCUGAAACUCAUCCAUGUCAAAAAAAUCAUCAUGAAAUUCCUGAACAUGAAAAACAAUCAGACUAUAAAGAAGUCAAUGAAACAGAGUUGAAAUGUAGAUUUCAUUUCUUAUUUGAUAUUUGUCCUAAGACAAAAUUAGAAUUUGAAAAAAUUCACACUUCGGGUGAUAAUGAACAUUAUCGAGCUAAGAUUGUGACUAAACGAAAUGACUCUAGGUUAAAUAACCAUCAACAACUUCAGCUCCAAGGCUGGAGGGCUAACUGUGAUAUUCAAGUUGUAAUUGAUCACUAUGCAUGUGUUGAAUAUCUCACAAAAUAUGCAGCCAAAGGUGAGCCAAGGUCACCUAUAUUAAAACAGGCAUUCAAUUCUAUUGUGCAAAAUGUUGAAAGUAAUACUGACCCUCGCAGAGUUAUUAAGAAGGUAGUUAUGAAAUCUCUUGGUGAACAAGAUUAUGCAGCUCAAGAGACAAUGCACCAUUUGUUGUCUUUAAAACUCCACAGCUCAUCAUUUAAAGUGAUGCCAGUUAGCCUAAAUGGUUCACGUAGAGUGCGUGAUACUGCAAAUAUUGAUGAGGGUGAAUCGUGCACAAAUGAUUCACUUCUUGAUGUUUAUGCUAAUCGUGAACAAUAUGAGAGUUCAAAAAACAUAAUGAAUAUGAACUUUGUUCAAUUUGCAACAACAUACAAAGUUGUUAACAAUGAACUGACAAAAUUGCCAGAAAAUGUUAUACCACGAAUAUUUCCAACAUAUUCUCCUAAUCCCAAAGGUCCAAAUUUUGGCCUAUAUUGUAAAUAUCAACUUUUGAGGUAUAAACCCUGGAGAACAACCCAAAAUAAUGCAUGGGGUGGCGAAGAACCAACUGAUGAGGUUCUGAUCAAUUGUUGGCAUGAAUUCUUACAAACACCUUGUGGGCAGUCUAAUGUCCCAGACUGGUUUGAUAAAUUACAAGCUGUUAUUCAAAGUCAAGAACCAGAAGAUGAACCUUCUGAAGAACAGGAGACAACUCAAGAAGAGUGGAUGAUAUUAUCAGAUCUAUACACUCCUUUUCACAACUCUGAACAAACACCAGAGUCAACACAUGACUGGCAUCUGACAAGCCAAUUAUUCAACAACAAAUUCAAGAAAUGCCAACUUGGAUAA